CCACUUGUCAUCUGUACUGUGCCCCAGUUCACGCCCUCAGCCGCCGCCCCUCAGUUUCAAUAACACAAACAAACACAAAACCAAAACCCCAACUUGCUUUUCAUUAGGAAAACUGUGUUUUGCCGAAUAACCACACAUUUCACACCCAUGGCGGCUUGCUCCACUGUUGCUCCACCAUCCACCUCUUUCAUCAGCAACAAGAAAGAUUUGGGUCUCUCUGCUUUCUCUUCCGCAUCGCCGCUUUCCAGUCAGAAAUGCAAGAGAACAUCCAAGACAAUCUGUUCGGUCACUGCACCAAAACAAUCAGAGCGCAAACCUGCCACUACUGGCUCGGUCAAGACGGGAAUGACGAUGACUGAGAAGAUAUUUGCUAGAGCUUCUGAGAAAACCCAGUUGAGCCCUGGUGAGAAUGUUUGGGUUAACGUCGAUGUUUUGAUGACACAUGAUGUUUGUGGCCCUGGUUCCUUUGGGAUCUUCAAGAAAGAGUUCGGCCAGAACGCCAAGGUUUGGGACCGUGAAAAGAUUGUAAUUAUACCUGACCAUUAUAUAUUUACAAGUGAUGAACGUGCGAAUCGUAAUGUGGAUAUUUUGAGGGAUUUCUGCACAGAACAAAACAUCAAGUACUUCUAUGAUAUCAAGGAUCUGAGUAAUUUUAAGGCUAACCCAGAUUAUAAGGGUGUGUGCCAUGUUGCUCUUGCUCAAGAAGGCCAUUGCAGGCCUGGAGAGGUCCUACUGGGUACAGAUUCUCACACCUGUACUGCGGGAGCUUUUGGACAAUUUGCUACUGGAAUCGGGAACACUGAUGCAGGUUUUGUGUUGGGCACUGGGAAGCUCCUGCUCAAGGUACCUCCAACAUUGAGAUUUGUGAUGGAUGGUGAAAUGCCUGACUAUUUGCUUGCCAAAGAUUUGAUUCUGCAAAUUAUUGGUGAAAUAUCUGUUUCUGGUGCAACAUAUAAAGCUAUGGAGUUUGUUGGCAGCACUGUUGAAAGCUUAUCUAUGGAAGAAAGGAUGACAUUAUGCAACAUGGUUGUUGAGGCUGGGGGUAAAAAUGGUAUUGUUCCUGCUGAUAGCACCACAUAUAAGUACCUUGAGGAUAAGACUUCUGUGCCCUAUGAACCUGUAUACAGUGAUGACAAAGCAAGAUUUCUGUCUGAGUACAGAUUUGAUAUCUCAAAACUAGAGCCAUUGGUGGCAAAGCCUCAUUCUCCUGAUAAUCGUGCUUUGGCAAGAGAAUGCAAAGAUGUGAAAAUUGACAGAGUAUAUAUUGGUUCUUGUACUGGGGGAAAAACAGAGGAUUUUAUGGCUGCAGCUAAAGUUUUUCUAGCAUCAGGCAAAAAGGUCAAAGUGCCAACAUUUCUUGUGCCUGCUACCCAAAAGGUUUGGAUGGACGUGUAUAGUCUUCCAGUACCAGGAUCUGGUGGCAAGACUUGCUCACAGAUAUUUGAGGAAGCUGGAUGUGACACGCCUGCGAGUCCCAGUUGCGGUGCUUGCUUAGGUGGUCCUAAAGACACCUAUGCUCGCUUGAAUGAACCUAAGGUAUGUGUCUCAACAACAAACAGGAACUUCCCUGGCAGAAUGGGCCACAAGGAAGGCGAGAUAUAUCUUGCUUCCCCCUACACAGCUGCUGCAUCUGCUUUGACCGGCUAUGUCACCGACCCAAGAGAGUUUUUGCAGUAGGCAAUUGAUAUCAUCAUAAAUUUGAUCAGUGUGUUUGCUUUGUAUUCUUGCCACUAUAAGUUAUUAGGUAGCGGAGAUUAAGGAAUAAUGGGAAACCAUUCCCAAAGGUUUUGUAUGCUGUGUGAUUAACAGGUCAGUGCCAUAUGUAUUUAUGUGUGUAAUUGUUAGUAAGAAUGCUAGAAUGUUUUAUGACCAGAAAAUAAAGGGGGUGUCUCAGUGAACAUCACUGGACAACUUUUGGUGACC